CUCCGUGCCGCGGUCGAGGUCGGUCGCUUGUCGUCACGAGCUCGAGGUGGCAUUCUGUCACUCUGACGUCGAGUCGUUCACGAUGAGUGUCGCCGUAUCUCUGUAUUAUGUGAUCCGUUGACAGAUUAAAUAAUAAGUGACCCAAGGUUACAUUGGCAAGCAUCUACGUACGAUGGUGAUCCAAGUUAACGGAACUUUGGAGAGGGCGUGCUUUCCAGAACCAGUGGAGGUCUAUGCUGGAAGGCGAACGGUUCUGACGAGAUGGAGGCCGUCGGAGAGGAGGCAUCCGAGGGGGAAGUGGCGUUGCUAAACACCAUCGUCUACCAGCACGUCAUUCCAGUCCUGAUCGCUCUGGCAGUCUCGACCAACCUCCUAAACAUCUUCAUGCUCUGGAAAGUGCGCAAGAAGCAGAGGCAACAUAAGAGGACCGACAUGGAGACGACUUACAAGUACCUCAUGUGGUUGGCUGUGACUGACCUCCUCGCUUCCAGUUCCCUCGUGCCAUCUCUCAUCCACGUCGACCGAAUGGUUCUCCCUUACGGCUGGGCGUUCUACUACGCCCACUUGGAGAUCCCUCUCAUGAACGCCCUGACCAGCGCCAGCGUGUAUAUAGUGGUCGGGCUGUCAGUCGACCGGUUCGUAGCUGUCUGCUUCCCAAGACGUUACAAGAACGUCAAUGCGCCCAGAUUGGCAGUCGUGAGAAUAACUCUGUCUUUAGUUGUCCCAUUCUUGAUCUACAUGCCCCACUGCUUCUACCAGAGAGUGGUCUGUUCUGGGACGGGGCAGGGCUGGACCUACCAAGGCGUCGAGGCGGUGACGGGGUCACUAGCUUGGCACGUUUGGGAAAUCAUCGUCGAGCUGUGCCACAGGAUGAUCCCGAGCAUCAUCCUUGCCGUCUUGAACUUGUGCAUCAUCGUCACCUUCAGGAGGAUCGUGGCGCAGAAGGAGAGCAUGGUGCGUGCCAAGAGGUUCCCCAACGAGGAGGCUAGACAAGAAGGCGACGGCGGGAGAGCCCAGAGGGAGAGGAGGCUGGUCCACCUGCUCGUGGCUGUUGUGUGCUGCUUCCUGCUGACGAACUUGCCAGCGGCCGUUCUCGCUCUCAAAGAUACGGCUGGGUCGAGCUUUGGGUCGUUUGAACAUGAGGUCUUUCGCGCCGUUGCCAAUUGCCUGGAGAUGCUCGGAUUCUCGCUCAACUUCGUCCUCUACUUCUUCUUCGUGACCGAGAUGAAGAGAGUGCUCUUCGAUGCCCUGGCGCUGUUGCAAAGCAAGUUGUGCUGUGUGGCGUCCUUUGUCAAAGCCAAUCAUUCCGCCUCGCGUGAUGAGAUAUCAAGGGUCACAGCGAGUAAAUGUUCCACCACCCAUGAUUUGUAAAUGCUUAAGCUUUUGGUUUGUGGUCCCUCAUUACGGGUCACUGCUGCUUGCAUGUGAAUGCUAACGUGUGUUGCAAGGUUCUUGCAGGGCAGAGGAGUUCACACAACGUUCAGGAGCCAGAACCCUAUAUUUCAUCUGGGUUCGAGACAAGAAAUCAUUACUGAAACUCUCAUGACAGAGUUAAAGAUGUGUAAAUACAGUGAUAAGUUAUUUUUAAGCUAUGUAAUACUUAACUCCACUUCGUAUAUAUUUUAGUAUUCAAGAAAUAUAGUCAAUUUACGCUAAGUAAAAUGUCGAAAUAAAAGAUGGAAAAAAUCAGUAAA